AUGGCGUCACGGAAGAAGGUCCUCCUCAAGGUGAUCAUCCUUGGUGAUAGUGGUGUUGAGCCCAAUCCGUCCCCCCCCCCGGGCGAUGGCGUUCGAAGAACUGUCCGUGCUGAUGCGAAUUCUCGCAAUUCUCAGGUCAACAAGAAAUUUAGCGGAAGCUAUAAAGCAACCAUUGGGGCCGACUUCCUGACAAAGGAAGUGCUCGUUGAUGACCGGUUGGUGACGAUGCAGAUUUGGGACACUGCUGGCCAAGAAAGAUUCCAAUCGCUGGGCGUCGCCUUUUACCGAGGAGCUGACUGCUGCGUCCUGGUGUACGACGUGAACAAUUCGAAGAGUUUUGAAGCGCUGGACAGUUGGCGUGAUGAGUUCCUUAUCCAAGCCAGCCCACGCGAUCCGGAGAGCUUCCCCUUUGUGGUGAUUGGCAACAAGAUCGACGUGGAAGAGAACAAACGCAUGAUCUCGUCCAAGCGGGCGAUGACCUUCUGUCAGUCCAAGGGCAAUAUCCCAUACUUUGAGACCAGUGCCAAGGAGGCUUUGAACGUGGAGCAAGCAUUCGAGGUCAUCGCACGAAGCGCGCUCGCCCAGGAAGAGGCAGAGGAAUUCAAUGGCGAAUUCAGCGACCCGAUCAAUAUCCACCUGGACAAUGAGCGUGACGGUUGCGCCUGUUGA